UUGACUGUUAAUUGUCGGCCGCUUCCGACGCGAGGAUCGAGCCCGGACGGGCCUGCCAUCUUUCCCACCCAGGUUUUCGAGCGGGCCCGUUCCAGCCGAAGGGGCCCUCGGGAGUCGGGAGCGAAGGUCCGACUGGCUUAUUCCCGACAUGACUGUCACCUCGCUCUUAACAUGAAGCCGCGAGGGAGUCACUAGGCGGUGACUCGACGAGGUUUCUGCUUGGUUCUGCAAUCUUUUUUUUUUGUUUCCUUACGAAUACCAACUUACUGUUUCUAUGUUCCAAUGGGAAAAAGUCGCGGUGUUUUGCUAGCAUCAAUUAGCGUGUAAAUCGACUCAUUGCUGCAUCCAUCUUGUGUUCCUUUUAACCACUCCGGCUUCCAUCUUUCUAGGGCUAUGGCAGUCGGAGAAGCCAACCCGGUGCCGGCCGGGGAUGUUGCCGGCCCAGACCCGGACCCUCCCCGCUUGGACGGAGAGGACUCCGGCGGCGCAGCACCAGACCGGGUCCGCGGCGGAGAGAAGGAGAAGCCUGUGGUAGACACCAGCGAGGAUGAGCACGACGCCAGUGUCGAGGCCGAGGUUGAGGUCGGCCAGGGGCGAGAGCAGUCGAACGGGGAAGAAGCGAGGACCACCACUGACAACCGUGCACCGAGUCAGCGUGCUUCUUCGUUUGCUAAUACUAAUACGAAAGCCGUCCCACGCGGCCAACGCAGAGGCCUGCUUGGCCGCUUCACCCUCAUACCGGAAGUCGAGAAGCCAUAUGAGUACAAGAACACUACGAAGUGGAUGAUUACUGCCGUCGUAGCCCUGGCGGCCGCAGCCGCUCCGAUGGGUUCUGCUAUCUUUCUUCCUGCGCUUCACGCCAUGUCGGUGGAUCUGGGGGUAUCGGAGACGGUUACCAACCUCACAAUAUCCUUCUACAUGCUGGCCAUGUCCAUCUUCCCGCUGUGGUGGUCUUCCUUUUCCGAGACGCUCGGGCGCCGGACCAUCUACAUGGUCUCCUUCUCGCUCUUUCUCGUCUUCUCGGUCCUCAGCGCGGUGAGCGUCAACAUCGGCAUGCUGAUCAUCAUGCGCAUCCUUGGCGGUGGCGCAUCGGCAUCCGUCCAGGCCGUCGGCGCCGGCACCAUCGCCGACAUCUGGGAGACGCACGAACGCGGCCGUGCUAUGGGCAUCUUCUACCUCGGGCCGCUGGUGGGCCCCCUCUGUGCACCCAUCAUCGGCGGCGCCCUGGCCCAAGGCUUCGGCUGGCGCGCCACCAUGUGGUUCCUGGCCAUCUACGGCGCCGUGAUGCUGCUGAUGCUGCUCUUCUGUCUCCCGGAGACCCUGGCCAAAAGGAAUAAUCCGCCACCGCCCGCUGCCUCUGCCGCCGUAACCACGACCACCAUCACUACUACUACAGGUACGCCCCUCCAGCGCGUCACAACAACCCAAUCCAUCAAACGCACGGCCGCCCUACUCAAGCGGCUGCUGCUCGACCCGCUCUUGGUCAUCCUGCACCUCCGCCAGCCGCCGGUCUUCAUCACCGUCUACUGCGCCUCCAUCGCCUUCUUCUCCCUCUUCGUGCUCAACAUCUCGAUCCAAUCGACCUUCUCGCGGCCGCCUUACUCCUUUGCGCCCAUCCCGCUGGGCCUGUGCUACCUGGCCCCAUCGCUGGGGUACAUCUUCGCGUCCUCCUUCGGCGGCCGCUGGAUCGACUACAUCAUGGCGCGCGAGGCCCGGCGCGCCGAGCGCUACGAUCCCCAGACCGGCGGGCUGGUGUACCGGCCGGAGGACCGCAUGCGCGAGAACAUGUGGCUGGCGGCCACGCUGUACCCGGGCGCGAUGGUGUGGUACGGGUGGACGGCGCAGAGGGGGGUGCAUUUCAUGGUGCCCGAGGUGGCGAAUUUCUUUUUCGGGCUGGGCAGCAUGCUCGUGUUUGGCGUCACCACCACCAUGUUGACCGAGUUCAUGCCGAGGCGGAGCAGUAGCGGCGUGGCGGUGAACAACUUUGUGCGGAACAUCUUCUCGUGCGUCGGCAGUGUGGUUGCGCAGCCGCUGAUCGAGGCCAUGGGCAAUGGCUGGCUGUGUACGAUGGUCGGCUUGUUUGCGUGGGUGACGGGCAAUGCGGCCAUCUGGGCGCUGAGUAGGUAUGGGGCGCGGUGGAGGGAGGAGAUGGAUCGGAAGUUGAACCAGGGGAGCUAGGAGAGGUGAGCUUUAGAAUAUAU